AUGGCGCAAGGAGGCAAAAAUAUCGAGUGGCGUAAAAUGACCUAUAAAUGGGGCUUGUUCCUGACGUGGCAGCCAUCAAUGCUUCCCACCACCUUCCUAUAUGCUGCAGAUCCACCAAGCUUCUGGAAACCAGCUGAAACCUCUGCCAGUCCAUCCAAAGGGAAAUUUGAUGACCCUUCUGCGCAGAGCCAGUAUGGUCUCUGCAACCCUGUGGACAACGUCGCAGACCGUGGCCUUGGGCAUGUCAAAGGCCCGGGCCACAACACAGGGUUAGGAAGUAGGGUGGACAUUCGGACACAGCCUAUCUUGUCUUUAAAAAGUUUACAAAAAAAGCAGCAGAAGAAGAAGAGGAAGGGAAAAAAAUCUGACUUCCGGGUUUACUCUGCACGCUGCAACGUCUUGGCCCCGCAAGCCACAUCACUCCUGGAGGAUCAAUUUAACUUCUUUUCAAGGUUCAGCUCGCUGGGGAGAAACGACGGCGUGGAAGAGGGACCGGACAAAGACUCGUUAUCGAGGGACCCUCGUCGGGAAGGAAGUUACCUGCAGCAGCUGUUGGUGAUUGAAGAGGGGGUUCCCUGGAAAUGGAGUCAGGACAAGCUGGAUCCAGAUCCCCUCUGCAUAGAAGAGGAACUGUGGCCCAAUCAGGAUGUGAAAAGAGUGGAAAAAGUUCAAAUGACAACAGGGCACAUGGGUCAGGUGUAAACCUUGAUGUAGAGUGUAAUACUGCCAAUAACUCCCUCAGCUGCUCUGUAUGUGGUGAAGAGUUUGACAACCAACAAUCUCUCCAGAGACAUUUAACAGAGAAUCCUUUGAGUUGUUUGAACCAUAAGAAAUGUUUGAAAGUAACACAAAAUAUAAAAUUGCGUAGAGGAGUUCACACAGAGACAAAAGCCGUUAAAUGUGAUGUUUGUGGUCACAUCUGUGGUC